GCAUUCUCCACCGAGAUGUAAAGCCUGAGAACUGCUUCUUCAGAUGUCCUGGCGGCACUCUCCUCCUGGGCGAUUUCGGAAUCUCAUGCGACCUAGACGAGCAUCACUUGGCAAAAACCUGCUGUGGCUCCCCGUUGUAUCUGAGCCCUGAGAUGGUCAAUCAGGAGCCGUACGCCUACGCUUCAGACGUUUGGAGUUUUGGCAUAACGCUCUACGAGAUGGCGCAGCUAGUGCCGCCUUUCAAGGGCGCGAACAUUUGCCAGGUUGCUUUUCGGAUCGUGAGCGCAAGUCCUGCUCCACUGGACCCUUGCUUUUCCGCAUCACUUGGCGCCUUGUUGGACCGGCUCCUGAAAAAGGAGGCUUUGCUUCGAGCCACGCUGGAUGAGGCGCUCCAGUCCGAACCUCUGGCGGAAGCUGCGGCGGCAGUGGCAGCGCAGCACGGUCUCCGCAGGGAGCCCCCAACUGGCGACUCGUCCAGCGGCCUCGUAGAGCGACUGAGACGAACCAUGCCGUCCCAUUGCCAGGAGGAGUACGCUGAUGACUUCGAGGAAGAUGAAAGUGACUACGGCGAUGACUUCGAGGAAGCCAGUGGAAGCGACAUCUCGUAUGCGCCUGACUUCGAAGCGGACAGCGACGACGGCAUCGAUCCGACGCCAGAGCUGUCAGAGGAAGAUCUUCGCCAGCAAAUCGCUGCAGAACUGGGAGAAGAGGCCAUGUCUAUCGCGGAAAGCCUUGGGGUGGUCAACUUCCUGGAGACGUUGCAGCGGAAUCGGCGAUGA